UUUCACAGCUAUAUAAAGCAGGCAGCAGCUGAGUAGCUAAACCUCCACCACUCUCUUUCUUUCCACAAAUAAAAAAGAAGAAGAAAAAAGCUUCUGCCUUUGUUAGCUGUUGUUCCGUUUCUUUGGUUUUAUCCUAUUUCCAGGCUCAGAUCUUUCUUGCUUUUAAGUGUUUCAGUUUCAUAUGGCAUUUGAAUAUCAGGAGGAUCAUAUAAGGAAUUCAAGAGGAACUUUGCUUUUUACUUGCAGAUGGUUGCCUUUGAUCUCUUCUCCGAAGGCUCUUGUUUUCCUUUGCCAUGGGUAUGGCAUGGAGUGCAGUGGAUUCAUGAGAGAAUGUGGAACCAGGCUAGCCGCAGCUGGAUAUGCUGUGUUUGGGAUUGAUUACGAAGGACAUGGAAGGUCCAAGGGUGCUCGAUGUUAUAUUAAGAAGUUUGAAAACAUUGUUAAUGACUGCAGUAAUUUUUUCAAAUCUAUCUGUGCUCAAGAAGAAUACAGGGACAAGAGCAGAUUCUUAUAUGGAGAAUCAAUGGGAGGUGCAGUGGCCUUAUUGCUUCAUAAAAAGGAUCCUUCCUUUUGGAAUGGUGCUGUUCUUGUUGCACCCAUGUGUAAGAUAUCAGAGAAAGUGAAGCCACAUCCGGUGGUGGUGAAUAUAUUGACUAAAAUGGAAGAAAUUAUACCUAAAUGGAAAAUAGUACCCACAAAAGACGUCAUUGAUUCGGCAUUCAAAGACCCUAUUAAGCGGGAAGUGAUAAGGAACAACAAGUUGAUAUAUCAAGACAAGCCUAGACUCAAAACAGCACUGGAAAUGCUCCGAACCAGCAUCAGCCUUGAAGAUGGUUUAAAUGAGGUGACACUGCCUUUCUUUGUGUUGCAUGGGGAAGCAGAUAUAGUAACGGACCCUGAAGUGAGCAAGGCCUUGUAUGAGAAAGCUAGCAGCAAGGACAAAACAAUAAAAUUGUUUCCAGGGAUGUGGCAUGGUUUAACAUCAGGAGAGCCUGAUGAAAACAUCGAGAUUGUUUUUGCAGACAUCACGGCUUGGCUUGACAAGCGCUGCAAUGCCGUGACUUUCGAGCAGAUUCUUCGUCCUUCGAACCAAGGGUUCGAGAAGUUCGAUAACGCGAUGGUAUCGAUGGCUGCGACAAGCGGUAGGACGCAAUCGAAUGGGACGUAUUUGUGUGGGUUGAAAAGACCUCGCACGCAACGUCGCUCUGCUAUGUAGCUUGAUGGUAAUAGUAUCGGAUUAUAGCUACCGUCAAUGUAUAUUCGUGUGCAACAUAGCUUUCAUUUCAUGUACUCCCAAACGUAGGAAUGCAGAACUUUUGACGGGGGAAA